CCUCUCUUCCCUCCCCCCACCCUCCAGAACCCAGAAGCCGCCAUGCAGGGCCCCUGGAUGAUGGUCAUCUUGGCUCUGACGCUGGCCGGUGUCCCUGGUCGUGCUCAGCCUGAGGCGGCCCCGCAGGACAUGGGGCUGGCGGAGCCCCCAGAGCUGGCGGAACUUUUGCGCCAGGCAGAGCGCCUCCUGCUCCUCCGGGAAGACCUCCUGCAGCUGCGAGCAGACCAGGGGGACGGUGACGCCGAGUUCCAGGUCUCCCAGCCCGACUGGGUCUCCAAGCGGCAGCACCUGGGGAAAAGGGAGGCGGCCGAGGAGGAAGAAGGAAUGGCAGAGGAAGAGGAGGAAGAAGCAGGUGCCGUGGGACCCCACAAGCGCCAGCACCCCGGCCGGCGGGAGGAUGCAGCCGCGGGGCCCGUGGACGCCCCCCAGCAGAAGCGCCAGCACCCCGGCCGGCGGUCCUCCUGGCUCAGGGACGUGGUGGCCAAGAGGCAGCACCCGGGCCGCCGGCUGGUGGAGCUCCAGGCCCAAGAAGGAGCCGAGAAGGAAGAGGAGGCAUGGGGGGAGGGGGGCGGGGAUCGGGGCCCCGAGAAACGCCAGCAUCCGGGCAAGAGGGCCCUGGGCGGCGCCUGUGGGCCCUGGAGAGCCUGUGGACCCGCCCGCCUCCUGCUGGGGCUCCUGGAGGGCCUGAGCCCCGACGGGGCGGCCGAGAACAAGCGGCAGCACCCGGGCCGGAGGGCGGCCCUGCAGGCCUGAGCAACGCCCGUGACGGGGAGCUGGGGCCUGAGCUAUCCCGUGUGCCCUCCCGCUUGGGGACCCCGAGUCUUCCCCGUCCUCAGCUGAGCUCCCUAGCCUGCAGGAGCACGCACGCACACACACACACACACACACACGCACACACCUGGCUUUGCCCCCCUCCGGGGAUUUGAUAAAGCAGGCUACACACACACACACACACACACACACACACACACACACACACACACACACACACACACACACCCCUGGCUUUGCCCCCCUCCGGGGAUUUGAUAAAGACAGGCCAUGAGGUAGAACCCCCCAUUUUACCCCACUUUGCACUGCUGCAUCUCUUCCCCUCCUCUGGCAGCCCCCUCCCCCCUUCCUCAGCCCUGGCUAAGGCGACCCCCGUGUCUUCCAAGGGAUCCCCAGAGCCGGGUAGAAGCCUCUGGAACUCGAAGCCGGCGCCCCCCUUUGCUGGGCACAGCUUUGUGGGAGGCGCGCCCCCUGGCGGCUGUGGGGAUCAAUGCAUGUAGGGGUGUGUUCGCGGGUCCUGGAGCCCGGCUGACGGGAUCCCUCCCCUGGUGGUAAUAAAACACGCCUCCUGCGCA